AUGGCGGAGGACUCGGACGAGGAGCCGCCGCCAAGGCCGCAGAUGUUCCCGGGGUCCAGCCCCAGGAUGCUCAGCUGCUCCAGCGACAGGACGCUGCGGCUCUUCGACAUGAAGACAGGUGUCCUCAAGCGGUCCCUCGCCGGGCACAAGCGGGAGGUUCUCUGCCUGGCCGUGGACUGGAAGGACCACAGGGCGCUCAGCGGCUCCGCAGACCACACCGUGGCCAGCACGCGCCCGCAGACCUUCGUCGCCGCCGUCGUCAAGGGAUGA